GAAGGGGGGGGGGGAAUACUGAUAUGGAACACAGCCAGUUGCAGCCAGCGUCAGGAACGGACUCCUCUCUCAAUGUCAUAGUCUCUAAGAAGUAUUUGUGUGUAAAAUUGGAUCAUUAAAACUUUGGAAGUCUGGAGUGGACUACGCCCCUGAUUCUACGAGACUAUAGUCUCGUUGGGUGUUCUGGCCAGAGACCGUAGAAACUAAACAGAAGUUGAUGCUGCAUUCUUGUCGAAUAGAAACACGCCCGGAUAAAGAUAGUCACAUCGUCUAAGCUGUGGAAACAAAGGAAUCUCAACCGCAUUCAAGACAAGGAAGAACCGCCCAGACACCGAUGCAUUGUUCACACGCUUCUAAGCAUGAAGGACCUUAAACUGCUCCGUUAGCUGCUGCCUGUCAACGUGAACGCGUCAGUGAACCCGUCAGUCGUCCCGUUGAAGUGCCAAUGUGGUUACGAGUGAUAAGGUUUUACAGUAGGAGAGGGUACGCUGUGGAGGAGGGGUGUUGUGGAGGAGUGUCAGAGACAGUGUUACUGUUAUGUCACCUAUUAUCAGACAGUCAUUAUAAUUACUAUCAAGAUGAGUGAUAAUUAGUAGUCUGAAAUAUCAGCGUGUGUGUGUCUAUGGAGGACAGAAUAGAAUAGAAUUCAAAUUUGCGUCGCAACAAAUAACUGUGGUGAAAUGCUGUUGAUGAACAGUAGUUAUGGGGGAAGUUUGUGUAACAGUAGUAGUGGUGGGGGCCAGGGGAAUGGGACAGACGGGACCGAGAUGACCAAGUUGUUGGUGCCCAUGCUGGACGGCCUCAUCCUGGUGACGGGCCUGGCGGGCCACUGCCUAGUCAUCUCCAUCCUGGCCGGCCGCAGGAGGCGAGGUGGAAAGCCUCCUCAUGGGACAGACACCCUGCUGCUGGCUCUGAGUGCUGCUGACCUGCUGCUGUUGCUCUGCCUACCCUUCCACACCGCGGCCAUCGCCCUGGGCUCCUGGCCCUUCGGCAGCUUCCUCUGCAAGGUCGUCAGCUUCCUGGGCGUGGCCUGUUCUUCCGCCUCAGUCUUCACGCUGGCUGCGCUCGCCGUGACCCGCUACCUGACUGUGGUCCACCCUGCCUGGUCCUUCCGCUCCCGCAUGCACAGCCGCCUCAAACUGACCGUGGCGCUCCUCUGGGUUCCCGCCGUAGCCCUGGCAGCUCCGCAGUUUGCUUUCCGCACGGUGGCGGUGUCCAGUGCGUUACACUGCUUCGCCUUCCUGGGCGGCCUCAGUCAGCUGGUGUACAGCACGGCGUUGUUCCUGUUCGCCUUUGCGAUACCAUUGGGGGUUAUUGUGAUGAUGUACGCCAAGAUCUACUGCUUCCUGCGCCAGAUGAGACUGUUGGGAUGUGCCCCCCAGCUGGAGCGCUACCAGAGCCAGGUGACCCACACGUCAGCGCUGCUGGUGCUGGUCUUCACCCUCUGCUGGCUGCCCUCCUACGGCCUCAUGUUCUCCCUCUUAGGUGCCACAUUCCUUUUUAGAUUUUUUUUAUUUAUAAAUCUGUUAAAUUGUCUUUUCAAUUGUUGUAAUACUGUGGACUGGAUUAAACUUCUAUCCCCCUCUCUCUCCCUCACAGGGGUCAACAUCUCUGGUGUCUCCAGCUACCGCUCCAUAGCAAUCUUCAUCCGCCUACUGGCGUCUUCAGCAGCGGUGGUUAACCCCGUCCUCUACGUGUUCAUGUCCAAUAAGUUCAGGAGGGAUCUGAUGGACUUGGGCCGGGAGAGAUGGGAGGGGUGCAGGGGGUGUAUAGCAGGGUGUACGGGGGCGUUCAGGAGCAGGGACAUGGUGCAGCCCUUCAACCCUGUGGAGCUGGAUACGUCACCCCUACCCCUACCCGGAUUCUAAGGGUUACUAUGAAAACUCGAUGGACAUUCUGUGGAUACCUAACGGAUAUUCUAUAGAACUUUAAUGACCACUCUAUGCACCAGGUAUGGACACUAUGAACUUUCUAUGGAUCAUUUAAGGACCUCCACUAUAGACCACUCUAUGGACCUUCCAUAGAUCACUCUAUAGACCACUCUAUGGACCACUCUAUAGACCACUCUAUAGACAGUGGGGCAACAUGUUUGAUUUGAAUAAGAUCGGUCUUACAACCUCACCUCAUUUCAAUAAACACAAUUAGCUCAGCUGAGGCCAUUUGCUUUUCCCUGUUUUUAAUAGCACAAGCUGAUUGAAAACCACACGUGUAGGAGUGCGUGAAAGCCCAGCUAAAACGGCCAAUUCUACACGAUGCCCCUGCAUCCUCCGUUGAGAGGAUCCGGCAGAAUGUUUUGCCUCUUGCGGACAGUAGAACAUAACAGGGUCAACGUUAAUACUCACUCUC